AUUAUAUUUGUAAGAGGUAUCGCGAAAAGCAAUAGGCAGCGCACACGGAUAACUACACAAAUUUCCACCCAUUCCUAUCAUUACCCCCUCACUUCUCAUUUCCCAUACUCUCAAUUACUAAUACUCAUCAUCAUCCUACUCUAAUUAUCAUCAUUCCUUUCUAUUUUCAAACCUUCUUGCACCUCACACUUUAUCAACAACAAAAUUCUUUCAUUCUGAUUCCCCAAUAUGCUCUUUGUCUCCAUACAAUCUCUUCAUCCACACCUUCUCCACCAAACACAAACACAUUAACAAUCAACAACAAACACACAAACUGGAUUCUAUGUUGGAUGCAGUUCUUCUGGCGCUAUUCUUGCCGUGUCUCGGCAUGGCCGCCAUCUUCCUAGUCUACAUAUGUCUUCUCUGGUACGCCACUACUCACUCCACUACCGGAAUCAUUAUCAAACCGGUCACCAAUACCGGUCUUUCCCCUUCUGAACUCCAAAAGCUACCUACUAUCACCGGUAAAGAUCUCGUCGCUGGUCCUGAAUGCGCCGUCUGUCUCGACGACAUAAGCGAGGAACAAUCAGCACGUGUGAUUCCAGGUUGUAACCACGCUUUCCAUUUGGAAUGUGCUGACACGUGGCUUUCGAAACAUCCUCUGUGUCCUGUUUGUAGAGCUAAACUCGAUCCUAAACUCUUUGCCGAUUCUUCUCAAAAUCCAUGUUAAUCAAAUCAUUAUUAGUACUGUCUUGUUUGUUUCACAUAUUGAUUUCAAUGGAUCCUCAUGGACUCUUCUCAA